AUGACGGUUAACAAAGCUAAGUUCAAAAGGUUGCUUAGGGAUGGACAUGCUACGUUCUUUACUAACGAAGUUAAGAAUGGAUACUUCUGGAGGCUGCACCUGGACAAUAUCCGCAAUUUCAACCUUACUUUUGAUCGCAUCUACAAGGAAAUUAAAAGAAACCCUAGCAAAUCCAAGAUCAAAAGAACUUGGUUUGGAUGGAAGGUGCUUUGGGGUGGACUGCGUGCAAAAGCCAUAGGAGUAUGCUAUAGAAGAGUGGGUGACAACUUACCACCUCCAGUGGAAGUGGCAGCCAUGUACACUUCCAACAAAAUAGGGGAAAUGAGAAUAUAUGAUGUUGAUCAGGAGGCUCUCCAAGCAUUCCAAAACACAAACAUACAAGUAAUAGUGGGAGUCCUUAAUGAGAAUCUCCCCUCCAUUGCAUCCAGCCAAGACACAACAAACCAGUGGGUUGCAGCCAACAUUCAACCCCACUACCCCAAAAUCCAAUUCAAAUACAUUUCAGUGGGCAAUGAGAUACUUCCUGAUACAUCCUUCACAACCAAUCUCCUUCCUGCCAUGAAAAAUAUUUACACUGCACUCCAAUCACUGAAUCUGCAGGACCAAAUCAAGGUCUCUACAACAAUGCCCAUGUCUGUACUCAGCAAUUCUUAUCCUCCCUCUGCAGGAACUUUCAGCCCUAAUAUCAUCCCAAUCAUUAGUCCCAUCCUGAACUUCCUUUCACAGACAAAAUCCCCAUUCCUAGCACAUGUAUACACCUAUUUUGCCUACAUCUCUGAUCCCAAAGACAUUUCUCUGGCUUAUGCACUGUUCCAAAUGGAGACUCCCAAUGAUGUGGGGUACAAGAACUUAUUUGAUGCAAGUGUAGAUGCCCUCAUUUAUGCCAUGGAAGCUUUGGGCCAUUUAGACAUUCCCAUUGUUAUUGCUGAAAGUGGGUGGCCUUAUGAUGGGAAUCCAAAUGGCGGUGCAAAUGUAUCCAAUGCCCAGACUUACAACAAUAACUUUAUCAAGCAUGUUUUGUCUGGGGAGGGGACUCCUAGGAGGCCUAACCAAAUCAUUGAGGCUUUUGUGUUUGCCAUGUUUAAUGAAAAUCUGAAGCCUGGAGACCUUACUGAGAAGCAUUUUGGGCUCUUUCAGCCUACUAAAGAACCAGUUUACCCUGUCAACUUUAAAGGUUGA